AUGAAUUUUGUCAGACUGAAUGACUGUAACCUCUCAGAGAAAAGCUGUGCAGCUCUGUCCUCAGUUCUUAGCUCCCAGUUCUCCAGUCUCAGAGAACUGGACCUGAGCAACAACAACCUGCAGGAUUAUGGAGUGAAGCUUCUAUCUGCUGGACUGGAGAGUCUGAACUGCAAACUUGAAAGUCUCAGCUUGUCAGGUUGUAUGAUCUCAGAUGAAGGCUGUGCCUCUCUGGCCUCUGCUCUGAGCUCCAACCCCUCUCAUCUGAAAGCGUUGGACCUAAGCUACAAUCAUCCAGGAGACAGGGGAGUGAAGCUGCUGUCAGCUGGAAUCGAGGAUCCACACUGGAGACUGGAAAUCUUCAGGGAGCUGCCCCAACCCCUAACUCCUCAAUCACUAAGGCACUGUUUGAACUCAUGGGCUUCAUCUUUCAAGGACACGGUCUACCUGGACUAG